AUGACAACCCAAACUCAGCAGUUUCCCCAAUAUCGUGUGAAAGAUAUCAAAUUAGCCGAAAUCGGAGAAGAAGCCAUCCUGUUUGCCAAAAACGAAAUGCCCGGAAUGAAGCAAUUAUUGCAAAGAUAUGGUGAUUCUAAGCCAUUACAAGGCGCUCGAAUUUCGGGAUGUUUGCAUAUGACUGUGCAAACGGCCGUAUUAGUUGAGUUAUUAGUUAGUUUAGGUGCGGAUGUUGCUUGGUGUUCAUCUAAUGUUUUAAGUACUGAAGAUAAGGCUGCUGCAGCAUUAGCCAAGCGUGGUAUUUCAGUUUAUGCUUGGAAAGGUGAAACAGUAGCUGAGUACCAAUGGUGCUUAGAAGCUGUUCUGUCUAAAUGGCCAGAAGGUCCUAACUUGAUCGUAGAUGAUGGAGGAGACUUAACUACUAUGCUGCACAGUACGCAUACGCACUUACUACCCGGUAUUAUUGGCCAGACGGAGCAAACGACUACGGGCACACACAUUCUGCAGAAGAUGAUGGCUGAAGAGCGAUUGCAAAUUCCGGCUAUUUGCAUUAAUGAAAGUGUGAUGAAGAGUAAGUUUGAUAAUAUCUAUGGAUGUCGUGAGUCUUUGAUUGAUGGAAUUAAGAGGGCUACAGAUGCUAUGAUUGCUGGUAAGCGAGUGCAUAUUUGUGGGUAUGGUGAUGUCGGGAAAGGAUGUGCCCAAGCGAUGUCUCGUAUGGGAGCUAUCGUUACUAUUUCGGAAGCAGAUCCUAUCUGUGCUAUGCAAGCAGUUAUGGAAGGGUACCAAAUCCGAACUGUGACUGAAGUUGCACCAACUACCGAUAUUUGGGUGACUGCCACCGGAAACAAAGAUGUUAUCUCAACUGCUGAUAUUAUGCGGAUGAAGGAUUUAGCCAUUCUUUCUAACAUUGGUCACUUUAACGUCGAAUUUGAUACGAAUUGGAUUUACGCCCAGGCCACCAAGGUCAUUCCCAUGGGAAACAAUGCCCAGCGUAUUAUUCUUCCAAAUGGCCGUUCAAUAGUCCUACUAGCUGAAGGCCGGUUGGUCAAUUUAGGAUGUGCUACCGGCCAUUCCAGUCUAGUUAUGAGCACGAGUUUUUGUUGCCAGGCCUUAGCUGUACUACGACUCUUCACUAAGUUCACUAUUGAUUCUACGCGAGCCCGUGGCCAAGUCCUUUUCCUGAGCAAGACCGAAGACGAAGAGAUUGCCCGUAUUCAUCUUGAAGGUCUCGGACAUACACUUACUCAACUCACUUCCGACCAAGCCGCCUAUCUUGGUAUUUCCGCCACCGGCCCCUUCAAGCCCGAAGCCUAUCGCUACUAG